AUGACCGCUCAGGGGCGGCCCCGCGCGGGCAGCCCCGCUCCCCACGCCAACUGGCAGAAGAGGUGGGUGAAUUCUGAGUACAAGGCAGACCUCGGGAAGUUUAAACUCACUGCAGGGAAGUUUUAUGGGCACCCAUUGCGAGAUAAAGGUCUACAAACCAGUGAAAAUUCUAAAUUUUAUGCUAUUUCCUCACGAUUUAAACCAUUUAGUAACAAAGGGAAGACUCUAGUCAUUCAGUAUACUGUGAAACAUGAGCAGAAGAUAGAUUGUGGUGGGGGAUAUGUGAAGAUUUUUUCCUCAGACUUGGAUCAGAAGAACCUAAGUGGAGAUUCACAUUAUUACAUCAUGUUUGGGCCAGAUAUUUGUGGAUCAACCAAGAAAGUCCACGUUAUUUUAAAUUACAAGAAUAAAUCCCAUCCAAUCAAGAAACCAAUCAGAUGCAAGGUUGAUGGAUAUACACAUCUCUACACCUUGAUUAUAAGGCCAGAUCAGACUUAUGAAGUAAAAAUUGAUAAUGAAAUGGUUGCAUCUGGCAACUUAGAAGAUUAUUUUGACUUCUUGCCACUGAGGAAAAUGAAUGAUCCAAGUGUGAGGAAACCCACUGACUGGGAUAAUCAAGUCCAAAUUGAUGAUCCAAAUGACAAGGAUUGGGAUGAACCUGCACACACCAUGGACACUAGUGCUGAGAAUCCUGGAGACUGGCAUGAUGCUGUGAAUGGAGAAUGGCUUUAUCCUGUGGCCAAGAAUCCUCAAUACAGAGGGGAAUGGAAACCAAGGCAGAUUGACAGCCCAAAUUCCAGAGGAGUUUGGCCUCAUCCACAGAUUGACAAUCCAAAUUACUCGCCCGACUUGAGUGUCUGCAGCUAUGAAAAUAUUGGCAUCAUUGGACUGGAUAUCUGGCAGGUUCGAGCUGGCACAAUCUUUGACAACUUCUUGAUAACAGAUGAUGAGGUUUAUGCAGAAGACUUUGGAGAUGAAACAUGGGGAGAAACAAAGGAUCCUGAAAAGGAAAUGAACAUAAAGCAGAUUGAGGAAGAGCAGGAGAGAGAAAGGGCUACAGAAGAAAAAUACUUUGAGCAACAGCUUAAGAAAAAAGUAGGGAGAAAAAAAGAAUCUGGAAAGGGUAGAGCAUUGAGGAGCCCUGUUGAGAAGGAAGAGCUGUAA